GAAAUUUCCAGUGGCGGAAAAACUGUGACAGCCACGUUCUUCCGCUGAGUUCCUACAAGGUUCACAGUUGGAAUCCUGCCUUCUUUGAGCAACUUGUAGUAUUAUCCGCUAUAAACUUUUUACUUCCCUGGUGCAUUUGUGUUGUUUAGUUGAAUGGAAUAUUUGAAUAAUGCUCAUUCGCCGACUUCCCCAAUAGUCAUUAAUCCACUAGUACUUCCCAAAGUCCCUAAGGUGCGGUCAAAUAUUUGUGAUGUAACUUACCCUCAAAUAACUCUUCAACGGGUGAACCAAUGUCACUCAUACUUUGGGCCCCAUUUUGUGUCAAUUUGUCUUAACCUAAUCAUAUUUUUCCACAACAAUUGAGGCUAACUUUAAAAUCUUUUCUUUAAAAAAGUAUAUAAAAUACUACAAAUCUCCUUCGCGCGGAAAAUGGAAUUGUUCACCGCACUUCCGGCUUCUCACGCAAACUUUGCGUACGCAUAUUAUGACCUACGUCACAUCUCACCAUUGUCAUUUUUUAGUGGCAAACCUAGUUACAAGAAAUUAGAUUAAUCGUGAACACUUUUUUUACUCUAAAAGUUCUCAAAACAUGGGUUCAAUAAAGAAAUCUCUCGAUUAGAAAAAAAAUGACUGACUUGCUUUCAAAAGUGAUAUGCUGUAAACCUUUUUAAAAUCUGUAGAAACCACCCA